CACACACAUACACACACACACACACACACACACACACUCAUCCACACACACAUACACAUGUCACAGUGAAACGAGGCAGGCCUGGAAAACCGGGGCGCUUCAAUUAGCGCUCCACCGACGGAUCCCUGGCGUGGACAUUUUUAAUUUUUCAUCACAGCCUGCUUGGAUUUUUCUCAUGUGGGUUUUUGCGCAUAGAGCUCGGACUGCUGCUGAGGUGUGUUUGGGCGAUUGAAGCAUUUCGGAGAUGAAGACAAACGCUCUGUGAAUGGGAAACACCAGCACGGAGACACCGCUACCUUUCCCCCAUCUUGACGAGCACGCUCACCCUUCCGUUGGUGAGAUUUGCGCACACGGGACCGAAGCCGGUGUCUGCGCUCUGCGGGGCCGGGCGCGCGUCGUCUGGGAGGGGUAGGGAGGAUGGAGGCGUUUUUCACGGAGGGGGCCCGUGUUUGGGUCAGAGAGAAGGAGCAGCUGGUUCCCGGCACAGUCAACUCCUGCGGAGAUGGAACUCUUGUCAUCACAAUCGACUAUGGCGAGGUGUUGUACCUCCAGCAGGCCGAGGUCACCAGGGAGCGGGUGUACGCUAUGCACCAGUCCAGCAUCGAUGGAGUGGAGGACAUGUCAGCGCUGGCCGAACUGCACGAGGCCGCCAUCAUGCACAACCUGUACCAGCGCUACCAGAAGGAUAACAUCUAUUCCAAUAUCGGCAGCAUCCUGGCAGCCGUCAACCCCUACAAGCAGAUCUCAGGUCUGUACAACCCAGAGAGGGUGGACCUGUACUCUAAGCACCAUAUAGGGGAGCUGCCUCCACACAUCUUUGCUGUGGCCAAUGAAUGCUACCGCUGCAUCUGGAAACGCCACGACAGUCAGUGUGUCCUCAUCAGUGGUGAAUCAGGUGCAGGGAAGACGGAGAGCACCAAACUGUUGCUUCAGUUCCUGUCGGUGAUGAGCCAGAACUCAGCCGGGACUCCUCCAUCGGAGAAAAGUACACGAGUGGAGCAGGCCAUCGUACAGAGCAGUCCCAUCAUGGAGGCGUUUGGUAAUGCAAAGACUGUUUACAACAACAACUCCAGUCGCUUUGGGAAGUUCAUCCAGCUUCACUUCUCUGAGGGCGGAAACAUCCAGGGAGGCUGCGUCAUUGACUAUUUAUUGGAAAAGAACCGAGUGGUGAGACAAAACCCUGGAGAACGAAACUACCACAUCUUCUACGCUCUGCUGGCAGGUGCUAGCAAAGAACAUAAAAGCCUCUACUUCCUGGAGGACCCUGCCGAAUCUUUCCACUACCUCAGCCAAUCAGGAUGUCUGAAGGACAAGAGCCUGAAUGACAAAGAACUGUAUAACAGUGUUAUGGAGGCGCUGAAGGUGUUGGAGUUCACAGAGGAGGAGAUCAGAGACAUGUUUAAGCUGCUGUCAGGAGUCUUACAGCUGGGAAACAUCGAGUUCAUGACUGCAGGCGGAGCCCAGAUCACCACCAAGCAAGUGGUCACUAAUGCCAGCGAGCUGCUGGGCCUGGAUGCCUUCCAGCUGUCUGAAGUCCUGACUCAGCGCUCCAUAAUCCUCAGAGGAGAGGAAAUCUGCUCCCCACUCACUAUAGAGCAGGCCGUGGAUUCCCGGGACUCUGUUGCUAUGGCGUUGUACUCCCAGUGUUUCUCCUGGAUCAUCCUCAAGAUCAAUCAGAAGAUCAAAGGGAAGGAAAACUUUAAAUCCAUCGGCAUCCUGGACAUCUUUGGGUUUGAGAACUUUCAGGUGAAUCGGUUUGAGCAGUUUAACAUCAACUAUGCCAACGAGAAACUCCAGGAGUACUUCAACAAGCAUAUCUUCUCCCUGGAGCAGCUAGAGUACAACAGGGAAGGUGUCCAGUGGGACGCCAUAGACUGGAUGGACAACGCAGAGUGUCUCGACCUGAUAGAGAAGAAACUGGGCCUGUUGGCACUUGUGAAUGAAGAGAGUCGAUUCCCCAAAGGAACUGACUUCACCCUGCUGGAGAAGUUGCACAGCAGACACUCUACAAACCCGUACUAUGUCAAGCCCAGACUUGCUGAGUAUCAGUUCGGUAUCAAACAUUAUGCCGGGGAGGUCCUGUAUGAUGUCAGAGGGAUCCUGGAGAAGAACAGAGACACUUUCAGAGACGACAUCCUAAACAUGCUCAAGGACAGCAGACUGGACUUCAUCUACGACUUGUUUGAGAAGGUUGGCAGCAGGAACAACGAGGAGAAGAUGGGAACGGCCAGACGCAAACCCACCGUCAGCUCCCAGUUCAGGGACUCCCUCCACUCUCUCAUGGCCACUCUGAGCGUAUCCAACCCUUUCUUCAUCCGCUGCAUUAAGCCCAACAUGGAAAAGAAUGCAAAUGUGUUUGACCCAGAGGUCGUCCUCAACCAGCUGAGGUAUUCUGGGAUGUUGGAGACUGUGAAGAUCCGUCGUGCUGGGUUCCCCGUCCGCAGAACCUUCAAAGAUUUCUUCUCUCGGUACAAAAUCAUUGUGAAAGAGAAAUCAGCAGCAGUCGCAGCAGCAGCUGCAGCAGGAGAUGAUAAGAAGAGAAGUACAGAUCUUCUAACCAAAUAUGACAAGACCAAGAAAGAGUGGCAGUUGGGAAAGACCAAGGUGUUUAUGAAAGAGUCUCUGGAGCACCGUUUGGAGAAAGACAGGGAUGAAGUCCGACGCCAAGCUGCCAUGAUAAUCCGAGCCCACCUCCUCACUUUCUCUGCCAAGAAGCACUUCAAGCGUGUACGCGCCAGUGUCGUCACCCUCCAGAAACACCUCAGAAAGCACAUCCAGCGCAAGCGGUUCGUGAAGCAACGUAAGGCAGCGCUGGUGCUGCAGAAGCACAGGCGAGGUCAGGUGGCGCGUACUCGAGUCCGAAAGCUCAGAGAGGAGAAGAAGAAGAAGGAGGAGGAAAAGAGGAAGAAGGAGGAGGAGGAGAGGAAGAUGAAGGGCGAAGGGGAGCAGGAGAAAGUCAGUGAAGGCGCAGAGAAAAAGGCUGAAAGUGAUGCUGCCACAGAUGAGGCCCGACAGAUGGAGGAGAUCCUGCAGCUGGAGCGAGAGAUCGAGCGCUUGCAAAAGAAGAGAGAGGAUGAGGUGUCACAGCUGUGCGAGUCCUCCAAACAGGAGUUGCAGCUGCGCCGGGACGCUGAGCUCAAACGGAUGAAGAAGGAGGCGUCCCGCAAGGCCACAGAGCUCAUUGACCUCCUGAACUUCGGAGGUGUGGAUCCAUCGCUGGGAGCAGUCGCGGCCAAACCGGCCGCAGAGGCAAAAGCUCCAAAAGCCGCUGCCAGAGGUGCGUCCAAAGAAGAGGAGGUGGACGAAGGGUUUCAUGCUGAGGAGGAGUGCAUCCCUCUCCCGGACUUCCCUCCUCCUGCUGAGACUGAUGCGAUUGAUCAGGAAAUAUUUGCUCACCUUCCUCCUCCUCCGCCUGCCUUUGCAGAGGGGACAGUGCCUCCUGCACCACCUCCUCCACCUCCUCCACCUCCUCUCCCCGCAGACGGUGUGCCUGCUGCUGGAAUUCCUCCCCCUCCUCCUCUCCCUCCACCUGGAGAUGGCGCCCCUGUCCCUCCACCACCUCCUCCUCCUCCACCACCACCACCACCUCCUCCAGGAGAGGGGGAGAAGAAAGAUGGAGCCAAGGCAGACCAGGAGAGGAAGGUGAGCAUGGUGGAGAGCCUGGGGGACGGGGAGGAGCCCAUCUACAGCAUGCCGGCCGACACCGAGUCAGAUUACGACCAGGAGGAUGAGGAGGGGUCCGUCAACGCCGGAGACGACAGCUCCGUAUCGGGGAGCAACCGCGGGAGCGCCGCUGUGACAGAUGACGAGCACCCGAGGAAGUCGACCUGCACCAACGCCAGCAUUGAGUCCUACAGAGGCAGCUCUGACUCUUAUGCAGACAGUGAUGAUGAACACGAUGGCAUGAUGGACACUGAUGAAGAAGUGACAAACGGCAGGGUGACCUUGCUCAAUGGGAACGGACCGCCAUAUUUCCACGGCUACCUCUACAUGAAGGCUGGUCUGAUGAUCCCAUGGAGGAGGCGCUGGUGUGUGCUGAAGGAUGAAACCUUCAUGUGGUUCCGCUCCAAACAGGAGUCCCUCAAGUCCGGCUGGCUCUACAAGAAGGGAGGAGGCCUGUCCACUCUGUCACGGAGAAACUGGAAGAUGCGCUGGUUUGUCCUGAGAGACAGCAAACUGAUGUACUACGAGAAUGACAGCGAGGAGAAGCUGAAGGGAACCAUCGACAUCCGAGCUGCCAAGGAGAUAGUGAACAAUCAUGAAAAGGAGAACGCUCUGAACAUUGUGACGGAUGAGAGGACCUAUCAGGUGUUUGCUGAGUCACCAGAGGAUGCAAGUGGGUGGUUUAACGUGCUCAGUAAGGUGCGUGUGUGCACUCCUGAGCAGCUGCUGGAGAUGUCUCAUGAACAGGCCAACCCAAAGAACGCUGUGGGAACUCUUGACGUGGGCCUGAUCGACUCUGUUUGUGCUUCAGACAACCCCGAUCGGCCCAACUCUUUCGUCAUCAUUACGGCCAACCGUGUGAUCCACUGCAACAGUGACACACCGGAGGAGAUGCAUCACUGGAUCAGUCUGCUGCAGAAACCCAAAGGAGACGCCAGGAUAGACGGGCAGGAGUUCCUCGUCAGAGGCUGGCUGCAAAAAGAGAUGAAGACGAAUGCUAAGAGCACCUCCCUGAAGCUGAAGAAGCGCUGGUUUGUUUUGACCCACAACUCCCUGGAUUACUACAAGAGCUCAGAGCGGAACUCCUCCAAGAUGGGAACUCUGGUCCUUAACUCCCUCUGCUCCGUCAUUCAGCCGGAUGAACGAGUGCACAGGGAGACAGGCUACUGGAACAUCAUUGUGUACGGGAGGAAGCAUUCCUACCGCCUCUACACCAAGAUGCUGAAUGAAGCCAUGAGGUGGACGGCAGCCAUACAGGGAGUCAUUGACAGCAAGACCCCGAUAGAGACCCCGACUCUGCAGCUCAUCAGAGACAUCAAGGAAAACAGCGUGAACCCAGACAUCGUGGAGCAGAUGUACAGGAGGAACCCCAUCCUCAGAUACACUCAGCAUCCUCUGCACUCCCCUCUACUGCCGCUCCCUUAUGGAGAGGUCACCAGCGUACAAAGGCAGCAGGGCUACGCCAGUCUGCAGGACGAGGCGGUGCGAGUUUUCAACUCACUGCAGGAGAUGGAGACGCUGGCGGACACGGUGCCCAUCAUUCAGGGCAUCCUGCAGACCUGCCAGGACCUGCGCCCACUCAGGGAUGAGGUAUACUGUCAGGUGAUCAAGCAGACCAAUCAUGUGCCUCAGCCGAACAGCCCAGCCAAUUGUGCACACUGGCACCUGCUCACCUGCAUGAGCUGCACCUUCCUACCCAGUCGAGCCAUUCUCAGAUACCUCCGCUUCCACCUCAAGAGGGUGCGAGAGCGCUAUCCCGGCACAGAGAUCGAGCGUUACAGCACUUUCAUCGGGGAAUCCCUGAAGAAGACCAAGACUCGUGAGUUCGUUCCCUCUCAGGAGGAGAUCGCCGCCCUGCUGGUGAGACAGGAGAUGAGCACCACCGUCUACUGCCACGGAGGAGGCUCCUGCAAGAUCUCCAUCAAUUCACACACCACAGCUGGAGAGGUUGUGGAGAAGCUGAUCAGAGGUUUGGCCAUGGAGGAGAGCAAGAACCUGUUUUCUCUGUUUGAGCACAACUCCUUCACAGACCGAGCUCUGGAGAGCAGAGUGAUCGUCGCUGAUGUUCUGGCCAAGUUUGAGAGGUUGGCAGGCAGUGAAGAAGAGGAGGAGGAAGGAGAAUGGAAACUCUACUUCAAGCUCUACUGCUUCUUGGAUGUGGAGAGCAUGCCGAAAGAAGGAGUGGAGUUUGCUUUCAUGUUUGAGCAGGCCCAUGAGUCUUUGAUAAGUGGUCACUUCCCAGCCUCAGAGGAGACCUUGCAGCACCUGGCCGCUUUACGUCUCCAGUAUCUCCACGGCGACGGGGCAGGUCGGGCCGGUUGGAGCCUGGGAAGCGUCUAUCCAAUCGGGCGUCUCCGCAAUCGCAUCCUCCACUCUACCAAGCCGGGCGUGGGGGCGGCAGGUGGAGCUGGAGGAGCUGGAGUCGGAGCAGGAGACGGGAAAGGAAUGGUAGGAGGACAGGGAGGUGUCGGGGUCGGCACGGAGAAACGGAAGACCCCGAGCUUCCUGGAUGGCACCCUGAGGAGAAGCUUCAAGACUGGAUCACUGAAGAAGCAGAAGGUGGAGGAGGAGCAGAUGCUGGAGAUGUGGGUGAAGGAGGAGACGUCCGCCACACGCACCAGCGUCCUGGAGAAGUGGACCCGGCUGCAGGGCAUGCCUCAGCAUCAGGCCAUGCUGAAAUACAUGAGCAUCAUCAAGGAGUGGCCUGGAUACGGAUCCACUCUGUUUGAUGUGGAGUGUAAAGAAGGAGGUUUCCCUCAUGAUUUGUGGCUGAGUGUGAGCGCUGACAACGUGUCAGUGUAUAAACGGGGUGAACCUAAACCACUGGAGACCUUCCAGUACGAACACAUCACCUUCUUUGGAGCUUCACAGCCGUGCACCUACAAGAUCAUCGUGGACGAGAGGGAGAUGUUCUUUGAGACGCCACUGGUUGGGGAGAUCACCAAGAUCAUGAGGGCCUACAUCAACAUGGUGGUGAAGAAACGUUGCAGCAUCAUGUCAGUGACCAGCGUAAGCAGCACCUGGGUCAGGUGAUCGCCACAAACCAGUCAGACCCCUCGGUUCAUCCAGUGGCAACAGAUGCCUCGGCCCCCCCUGCAUCGGUCGGUUGGUUUUGAUGGAGGCAGUCGCACCAGCCAUCCUCAAGGUUGAAUCAAGUGUGGUGGAAGAUCAAAACGGGGAAGAUAGAAGUGGACACAGAAGCCAAACGCACACUCUUCUGGCCUGGGUCUCACUUGGGAUGGGGGGAUAAUUUUAAAAUGUGCAUGACAAAGAAAUCAACCUGUAUUUUGGGACGGUCCUCUCAAACACAUAACCCCUCCAGUUGUAGCCCUGCAUGUAGAUGUUUAAGCACACUCCAAACUUCUCUCCGCUUUCCUUCUCCGGACAAAACUCAGUAAUAACAAGCACAACUCAGCCGCCCAGUCCCAGUCUGUCCCAGGUGGCGCCCCCUACCCCACUCCCGACGCCCCCAGUGCACUGCCAGACAGAAGAAAGCCACACAUUCUCAGUUAAACCUUUCUUUCUCACUCCUCCAAUUUCAAGAGUCUCUCUCUUUCUCUUCACGUGUCCUCACUCCUGUUGCAUCUUCGUUUGCUAUUGGUAUUAAGUUAUUAUGCUGAAUUCUUGCUUGCUUUCUCUCUGUUGUUCUCUCUCUGUCGUUUAUCUGUAACAUCAGCUGUAUCACAUCUGUUUAUGAGAAAAAGGACUCAAAGGGCUGCUGAAGGGGGAAAGGAGCUCCCUGCCCGACAUGGCGUUUCGCUCACUCGCUCGUCAGUGCCACCGUGUGGCCACAAGAAGAAAACGCAGCCAAAGGAAGUGGCUUUAAAUAUUUCUGAACAAUAUCAAAAAGAUAUUCUUAAGAAGAAGCGGAGGUUUUACUUUGGAGGCUCUCUGGUCACGUUUAACUUGACGCGGAGAGUUGGCGCAUGGCCUCACUCGGCUCUACAAGGAGAACAAUAUCAACCAGAAUAAUAUGAGGCGAAACAUUUCUCUAUCUAUGUCUACAUAUAACACACGCCACAUAUAUCUACUGUAUAUUCACACACAUAAACUGAACCAACAUGUAUUGUUUUGUACUGUAUAUCACACAUUAUAGGAGGUAUUAUUGAAUUUCCGGUGCCCCUCUGCACUGUACAGUAUAUAGAUGCCAUGCUGAAUGCAAUGUGGCGCCUCUUGUGUAAAAUACAUGCAAGUGAAUGGUGUUAAUAAUGACCACUGUAUGUCUGAAUAUGAUGCCAACACUGUACAUCAUUCACUGGCUGUGCCAUUAAUGUGACUCACGGAGAAAUUAGUAGUAAAAACACAGACAGGCUGCCGCGGCGGCCAUGUUUUCACAGUGUUUUGAUGAUUUUAUCAUCGUCGUCGUCUGUGGGACUCACUCUGCAGCGUUAAUUGGAGCCACAGAAUAUUGUAUAUCCCUGUCUGCCCAUGCUAUUCUCUUUAUUUCUUUACCAAGAUCAGUGACUUGAACAAUAACGCAUAAGAGCUCCAGUUUGUCUGUGUUUCCAAUCUGUUUAUGAACAUGUGACUUUUAUUACUGAUACUAUUGUUACUGUACGCCCCCGCCCUCCCCCACCCCCCCCACCCAUCUUAACCACCCUGAAGUGCUGUGUCAGGAAUGCUGGCGUGUCUGUGAGUGUGCGUGAGUGUAUUUAUGGUGUAUCAGUUGGAAAAGAAAAGGGAAAUGAGAAAAGAGAAGUGAUUUUAAUGAGUGUAUUCCUUGGAAAUAAGACGUAUUUACAUGAUUAACCUUUGCGAAGAAUGGUGUCGUGAUUGUGAGUUUAAGGGAAAAGCAUGGGAUUUCAAGGGAGGGUUAGGGGUUAUUUAAUUCUUAUUGUACUGUAUGUAUUGCAAGGUGUGUUUGGGAGGAUUAUGUAUUAAAAAAAUAUAUUGAAUUUUUUAGUCUCAGUCUAAGAGGAGCAGAUAGGACACUGUGAGGAUAUGGGCUCAGAGAUAGCUCUAAAUGUGCACUGGAAAUGCUGACAGUCAUCACUGCUUUGUGUGUGUGUGUGUGUGUGUUUUUGGACUGAAAGUGAAGUGACUGUUCUGUCACCUAACUCUGCGGUACUGCAGGUAGACAGCAGCAUCCCACAUGUAUAACACACCUUUGUUAACAAAGUGUUUCCCUGCAGCGGAUAUCUAGAGGGAAUACUUAGAUAAGACAGAAAAAACAACCAAACAUGCUCAGAUUAAUUGUCUUAAUUUGUUCUAGCUAGUGUCCAAACAAGUUUCUGUGUCAAUAUUUGCUCUAAAAACAGUUGCGGUUUGCAAGACAUUUGAGUGAACUUGAACUUCCUGUGGUGAACGUUGUCUGCUGUCUAUCUGGAGUGCCACAUGCAGGGCUGUAGCCAAGAUUUUAGAGAUAUUGAGGUCAUGAGCCAACACCUUCAACCCCUAAACCAACCCCUACACUCUAGAUAUAUAGACAUAUUGUAAUUUGGGAUUUGUCAUAGUUUAUCUUCUUAUUAAGGUUGAUUAAUUGUGGAUAUAGUCACGAAUUUUAUUCCUUAACCCUUUGAAACCUGUCUUGAUUUCUUUAAAAAUAUGGGAAGAAGACAAUGAGCAAUGAAAGAAGAAAUUACCCCAAAAACUAGCAACACAUUAGCAAAAAGAGAAAACUGAAAUCAAGAGAAUUAGUAAAAAAGAAAAAAGAAAGUUAAAAACAACAAACAAGGAAUUACCUGGAAAAAGUGCUUAAAAAUUAUAAUAAUUCUGUAACAUAAUUUAAAAAUUAAAUAAUAAAAAUUAUUAUAAAUAUAGUUUUACCUAGCUUUUUUCAUUUUCCACUAGUUUUUAAAAAAUAAUAAUUUUCUUUUUUUUUUUUUUUUUUUUUUUUUUUUUUGUGGGACAUUUCUUACCAAAUUUCCCAUUGCCUUUUAUACCAUGUUUUAUUUAAAUAAAUCUCACCAAUCUGCUUAGGGUUCAAAGGUUUAAAUAUUAGCGAAAGGCGUCUGAAAGGAGCACAAGAAAAGUGAUGUUGCUCCAGGUUUCAAAGGGUUAAUGCUGUUUCAAAUCAUCCCACACAUUAGUUGCAACAACAUUUUUUGAGGACAUGGCGAAAGUAUUGAUUUAUUUGGCCUGGAUAUGUCUAAAAAUCCUGGAAUCAGCCAACUAAAUUUAAACUCCCUGUAUUUCCUUUGCCGAAAAGCCCCAAAUUCCUGCAGAAAACCCCCAAGGACAUGACCUCAGCGUCCUCAAUGGUAGCUACGGCCCUGGCUGCAUAUACACACAGCCCACUGGGAUCCUGCCUAUAGAGUUAGAAUAAGCAGAACUCACUCACAGGUUCCACUUUGAACUUUUGGUUAUUUUAGUUUUGGCUAAAAUGAGAGGAGAACCAGAGAACCCAUAAGCCAUAAUUUUACAAAGGAGCCUGGAGCUGUGUGUUCUGGUUAUUCUACAUCUAUGGUUCUGUCUGUCACUGAUAUUACACUGAGUAGGAAGAAGUUGCCCCGCAGUUGCUGAAAUGCGAUCAGUGUGUUUGCUAAAGGGAACAGCAGUGAAUGGAAGUUAGAUUUCUGAUCGCAGAUCUGUUUCCAAGGGCAACUUCAUCACAAAGGGUCCUGUUAUCAGCCGCAGGCGGCCAGAGUGGGGCCCAUUCUUAUCUUAUGUUAUGCUUAUUAUCAUCAUUAACAUAGUAAAACAUUGUGCUUGUUAUAAAAAAAAGAAAAGAGAAAGAGAGAGAUACUGUGUGUUGUUCUUUUUUAUUUGUAACUGGCUUUACAAAAUUAUGCUUUAAUAAAUUAUUGGAAUUAUUGUCCUC